UCAUCCGGAGAAGUCAGCCAGUGCUGUUUAGGAAUCCGCCAUGGAGGAAGAGGUGGCGGAAACUGAGCACAGGACCCCCAUGGACACCCCCAAUAGCAGCGACAGCGACAGCGCCACCGAAGAGACGUGCCUCGAGGCCAUGACGUCCGACGGCCAGGACCAUUACCUGAGGCUGGGCCAGACCCCCCGACGCCGCUCGGCCCUGCGUCUUUCGCGUAUUAUUGCCCGCAAGCAACUGCUUCGGAGGCUGGAGCAAGAGCUGGAGGCCAAGGAGGCGUGCGAUUGGCUGAGAGCUGCCGGCUUUCCUCAGUAUGCGCAGCUCUAUGAAGACUCUCAGUUUCCCAUCAAUAUUUCCUCGGUAAAAAAGGAUCAUGACUUCUUGGAUGGAGACCUGGUGGAGCCUCUGUCCCGGCGCCUCAACACGCUGAACAAGAGCGCCUCCAUGAAACUGGACAUUAGCCACCCCAAGAAGAAAGGUGACGACUCAGAUGAAGAUGACCCGAUGGCCAUCAGCAAGCGUUGGACGUUUGAAUGGAGCAGCCGCCGCUGGUCCCGCCUGCAGGACUUCCUGUCGGACGGCGCCCCCCUGGGGCGAAGCGAGGGCCCGUGCAGCGCAGCAAGCAGCGAGAGUGCUCUCAGUGAGCUGAGCGAACAAGAGCUGGCCGAGAUCUCCUCGCUACACAGCGAGGACACGGCCUCCACAGCGGCAGACGCCAUGUCGGUGGCAUCCCUGUCGGCCGCCUACCGGCCGCCGCCCCGCAACCUCCCAAACUACAACUCCCUGCCUGUCAAGGGCGGUCAACACGGACAGGCGGGGCGCAGCAAAGCCAAGGCAUUCCUGCGGCGGAUGGAGCAAAUGCGCACCUGGGGGCCGUCCACUAUGCGGAAGAGCUCCAAGCGCAGGCCCCCGAUGGUAAUCAGCGGACCCGUCCUGCAAGGGGAGGAACCCCUGGCCCUGCAGGUUUUGCAGUGUACUCCCAUCAGCCAGUUGGAGAUCAAUCUGGCCAGGGAAGAUGGUGAAACAUCACCUACCAAGCUUGGCAACGACUGUGGUGAUGAUUGCGGCGACCUCUCCGUGAUGAAUGUCAGCCCCAUUCGUGAUCCCACGCCCCCACGACCACGGACGGCCAGCAAGCGAAGCAGCAAGUACUUAGAGGACAUGGAGCUCCCCUUGCAGGGCAAGAGGCCCGACGGACAGAAGAGCCAGUUCUACUCGCACGAAAACCUCCUCAUCCAAGUCCCCACAGACCACAAGCCAGGCACCUUCCCCAAAGCGCUGUCCAUUGAGAGUCUGGCACCUGGGAGAACCUCCACCAACACCGCUGUCUCUCGACUGCCCAACAACAAGAACCUGGACGACAUCUGGUCUGGCCGUCCCCUGUCCAAGCCUCCCUGCCCGAAAGCUCCGAGGGGCAGCAGGGUCAGCGUGUACGACAACGUCCCGGGUUCCCACCUAUAUGCCAGCACGGGGGACCUUCUGGACCUGGAAAAGGAGGACAACCUGUUCCCGCACCUUGACGACAUCAUCCAGCACGUCAGUGGCUUGCAGCAGAUUGUGGACCACUGGAGCCGUGGCGUACUGGCGGACAGCGAGGAUGGCGAAGACGGUGAGGGCAGGACAACACCCAUCUCGAUGAAUGACAGCGACUCCACUGGGCCUGGUCGGGACAGAAGGGAUUCCGGUGUUGGGGCAUCCUUGACAAGACCACGAGUGCGCUGGCCCAGUUUCAGGACCUCUGACCAUCUCAACCAGCCGUCGUCAUCGCUGCAGAUUAGCACCCAGUCGGCCGCUCAGCUCAGCCUGCUGCACAAGUUCUCCUUGCUACGCCUCACUGCCAUCAUGGAGAAGUACUCCAUGUCCAACAAGCACGGCUGGACCUGGUCUGUGCCCAAAUUCAUGAAGCGUAUAAAGUCUCCGGACACCAAGGACAAGAGUGUGUUUGGUGUCCCACUCAUCAUGCACGUGCGACGUUGCGGCUUCCCGCUGCCCCUAUGCCUGCAGCAGGCCCUCGCCCACCUCACACGCCACUGUUUGGACCAGGUGGGCCUGUUCCGCAAGUCUGGUGUGAAGUCUCGCAUCCAAGCGCUGCGUCAACAGUGCGACGCCUCGCCUGACGCUGUGGAUUACGGGGACCAGUCGGCUUACGACGUGGCCGACAUGCUCAAGCAAUUCUUCCGCGACCUUCCGGAACCGCUGCUUAGUAACAAACUGGGGGAAACCUUCCUGCACAUCUAUCAAUACGUGCCCAAGGAGCAGCAUCUGCAGGCGGUGCGGGCGGCGAUCUUGCUGAUGGCGGACGAGAACCGCCAGGCGCUGCAGAUGCUGCUCUACUUCCUGCGUGACGUGGCGGCGCAGGUGGACGAGAACCAGAUGACGGCCACCAACCUUGCUGUCUGCCUGGCGCCAUCUCUCUUUCACCUCAGCCUAACCAAGGGCGACACGCUCUCGCCAAGGUCCAUCCAGAGGAAGUACGCCAGCGGCCGACCGGACCAGAAGGACCUGAACGAGAACAUGGCCGCUACUCAAGGCCUUGCUCACAUGAUCACGGAGUGUCAGCGUCUCUUUCAGAUCCCAGAGGAGAUGGUGAGCCAGUCCCGUAACUCCUACAUGGAUGCCGAGCUUGUGGCGCCCUCCCUGGACGAUCUGGGUAAGGCACGCCGGGAGGACAUGGACGAGGAGGAAGAGGACGAGGAAGACGAGGAGAUUGACGAAGGCUCCUACCACGCUCACGUGGAGAAACAUAUCCACGACCUUCUGAAGGAGACCAAAGACAAGAGCAAAGCGUGGAUAUGUCGACCCGCAGGAGAGCACAUGGAACUGGCCUCCAAAAAGGUGGGUGACGGCAACCCUCUUCGGCGGUGGCGCGUCAGCACGGAGGUGGCGGCCACGCCCACUGAGGUUCUGCAUCGGUUACUGCGAGAGCGCCCGCUCUGGCAGCUGGAACUGCAGCAGGAAAAGGUCGUGGAAACGCUGGACAAGCAAAUGGACGUGUACCAGUACGUCUGUCACAAUAUGGCACCGCUGCCCCGCACAGACUACGUGAUACUCAGGUCUUGGCGUUCAGACCCAGUUAAAGGCUGGUGUGCGUUGGUGUGCGUGUCGGUGGAUCACGACGGCGGCCCGCGCACGGCGGCGGCGGUGCGGGGCGUCGUCCUGGAGUCCCACUACCUGCUGGAACCCUGCGGCAUGCCGACCAGAACCAGACUGACACACGUCUCCAGAGUGGACCUCAGGGGGCGCGCUCCGGAAUGGUACAACAAGGCAUACGGGCACCUGUGCACCAACGAAGUGCAGAGGAUCCGAGCCUCGUUCCUUAGCACAGUAGAACCCGGCCAGUAGGACCUCGACGCUGGGCCCUGGUACCAGAUCACGUCCACAUACUGUAGUGCUGAGAAAAGAGCACUUUUGGCAGACUGAUUGUUUUUAGGCUUCUCACACUCAACUCAUGCUGGGUGAUGCCAUCGUGAUGAUCACAAUGACCCACCAGCGGAGCUUUCUGGACUUGUCUCGACCAGAAAAGGUGAAGGAGAAGUGAAGAAGAAGAAGGAGAAGAAGGAGGUUCCACAUUUCAUUGCUGUCAUGUCUGAGACAUUUGAUCAUUGCACUGCUUCUGGGAAGCAUGGUGUGUGGGUGCGCGCGUGCGUGUGUGUGUGUGAGAGAGAGGUAGUUUGUGUUUUGAGAGUGUGUGUGAGAGUGUGAAAGCGGGUGAGACUUUUUGAGAGAGCGCGAGUGUGAGAGUGAGCGAGAGAGAGAUGGUGUGAAUGUGUUGUGAGAGUGUAUAUGUGAGUUUGUGUGUACAGGUGUGUACAUGUGAGAGCAAGAGAGAAAGCAAAAAUGUGUGUAGGGGUUUAUGAGUGUGUGAGAGAAUAUGUGCAUGUGAUCAGAGAGAGCGUGUGUGUGUGUGAAUGUUAUAGUGUGUGUUUGAGAGAGUGCAUGUGUAAGUGUGUGUGAGAUAAUUUGCUUCUGAGAGUGUCUGUGUUUUGUUAAUAGGUUUUCAGGGUGUCGCGAUCAUAUUGAUACGCCAACAAUAGGAAGCAAUAAGAAACAAACACUUUAGUGUCUUUCGUGCUGCAGGAGGAGCCAGCGUCGCCAUGGUGAUGCUAUGAUACAUUAAAAGGUGCCAUUUCCAACACAGAAUUGUUGUUUUUUAAAUAAAG